AUGAGUGUUAAAGAUCUGAAGCGCCCCACGUUCGCUGGUCCUAGAAAUGUGGCCUGUGACGUCUGCACUGGGACGAAGCAGAAGGCCCUGAAGUCCUGCCUGGUGUGUCUGACCUCCUACUGUGAGACUCACCUGGAGCCUCAUCAGAGAGUGGUGACUCUGAAGAGACACAAGCUGGUGGACCCCGUGAAGAACCUGGAGAACAGGAUUUGUAAGAAGCAUGAGAGGCUACUGGACAUGUUCUGUGUGAGUUCCCCAGGCAGGGGGGGCACCCUGUCGGAGGAGUCGUUCCAGUGUUCUAUCUGCCUGGAGGUCUUCGUGGAGCCCGUCUCUACCCCCUGCGGACACAGCUUCUGCAAGGCAUGUCUGCAGGGCUACUGGGACCACAGCAAGAAGUUCCUGUGCCCCAUGUGUAAGAAGAGCUACAGCCGGAGGCCGGAGCUCAGCAUCAACCGGGUCCUCGCCGAGAUCGCUGCCCACUUCCAGGGCCUCGAAGUAGGGGCUGUUUCACCAAACACGAAGGGGGGUGCGGUGGCUGGGAGUCCGGUGGCGGGUCACAGGGUUCAUGGAGAGUCACCAGCAGCUGCGGCGGAGGGUGGAGAGUUUGCCCGGGCAGGCGAGGUGCCGUGUGAUGCGUGCAUCGGGAGGAAGAUGAGGGCACUGAAGUCGUGUCUCAACUGUCCAGGGUCAUUCUGUGAGGCACAUCUCCGACAUCAUAAGAAGGUGAAGUCUCUGACGUUUCACCGCCUCGUGGAGCCUGUGCAUCAUCUGGAGGAGAAGAUCUGUAAGAAGCAUGAGCGCCUGCUGGAGGUCUACUGCCGCAACGACCACGGCUGUGUCUGUAUCUCCUGCGCCGAGGCCACCCACAAGACUCACGAGAUCGUCUCUGUUGACCGCGAGUGGAAGAAAAAGAUGAAUUAUUUGGGCAAGAGGAGGUCGGAGCUGAAAUACAUGAUCAAGGAGCGGACCAAGAAGCUGGAGGAGAUCAAACAGUCCAUACGGGUCAUCAAAAGCAGUGCUCAGAAGGAGUUGGAGGAGAGCUGGCAGGUGUACGCGGAGCUUCAGUGUCUAGUGGAGCAGAGCCAGGCUGAGCUGGUGGAGCUGAUCGCUACGAGGCAGCGCGAGGCUGAGAGGCAUGCCCAGGAGCUGGCCCGAGGACUGGAGAGCGACCUGAGUCAUCUCAGGAAGAGGAACGAAGAGUUGGAAGCCCUGGCACAGAACCAGGACAAAGUCAUCUUCCUCCAGAGACUGUCCGCCCUAGCGCUCCUCCCAGAGCCCAUUGAUUGGUCAGGAGUGAGUGUGAACACUGACCUGUACCUGGGUACCAUCCAAUCAUCCGUCAGUGCUCUCGUCGACAAGUUCCAGGAAGAAAUCAAGAGCCUGUAUGGAAAAGAGCUAAGGAAGCUGCAGAACUAUGCAAGUGAGGUGUUCUUGGACCCGGGCACAGCCCAGAGGAACCUGGUCCUGUCAGAGGACGGUCGCCAGGUGAUGUACGAGGAACGAAAGCACAACCAGUCAGAAGGCACUCGCCGCUUCAACCCCGCCCUCUUCGUGCUCGCAUGCGAGUGCCUCUCCUCGGGACGCCAUUACUGGGAGGUCGAUGUGGGCCGUAAGACCGCCUGGACUGUGGGCGUGGUGCGAGCAUCGGCCUGCCGGAAGGGAGAGAUCAAGCUGAGCCCCGAUGGAGGGUACUGGUGCCUGUGGCUGAAAAGUGGGGAGGUCAAGGCUCUGGCUUCCACCCGACUGGCCCUGCAGCUGGCCUCUCACCCCCAGAAGAUCGGGAUCUUCCUCGACUACGAAGGCGGCCAGGUGUCGUUCUACGACGUCAAGAAGCACACGCACCUCUUCACAUUUGAGGAUACCUUUAAUGAGAGUUUGUACCCCAUCUUCAGCCCCUGUCUCAAUCAAGAGGGAAAGAACGCGUCCCCCCUCAUCAUCAGUGCAGUGGAGCAUAGCUGAGAUGAGACAUGACAUGGGCUACAUGCCAAAUGCCACCCAAUUCCUAGAGCACACUAAUUUUGACACGAUCUAUAGUGCACUACUUUUGACACUAUGUAGGGAGUGCACUAACUUUGAACAGAGGCCCAUGCACUACCUUUUGACCAGGGACCAUA